AUGUCUAACGCCCCUCACGGUGGAAUUCUCAAGGACCUCGUCGUCCGCGAUCAGCCCAUUCACGAGCAGCUCCUCAAGGAGUCCUCGACCCUCGAGUCCAUCGUCCUCACGGAUCGUCAGCUCUGCGAUCUCGAGCUCAUCAUCUCCGGAGGUUUCUCGCCCCUCGAGUCCUUCCUCAGCGAGAAGGACUACAUCAGCGUUGUCGAAAACCUUCGCUUGGCAGAUGGCACCCUCUGGUCCAUCCCCAUCAACCUGGACGCUUCGCAGGAGGACAUUGACCGACUUUCAUUGAAGCCCAACCAGCGUGUUACCCUCCGUGAUCCUCGCAACGACUCACCCAUUGCUAUUUUGACGAUUCAGGAUAUCUACAGACCUGACAAGGUCAAGGAGGCGAACUUGGUCUUUGGUGCUGAUGAUAUUGCUCACCCCGCUGUCAAGUAUCUCCACCAGUCCGUCAAGGAGUUCUAUGUCGGAGGUACCCUCCAGGCCAUCCAGGCACCUGUACACUACGACUAUGUUGCCUACAGAAAUACCCCUGCCGAGAUCCGCGCCUACUUCCAAAAGCUCAACUGGACUCGUGUCGUUGCUUUCCAGACCCGCAACCCCAUGCACCGUGCCCAUCGUGAGCUGACCGUCCGUGCUGCUCGCUCUCGUCAGGCCAACGUCUUGAUCAACCCUGUCGUCGGUCUGACCAAGCCCGGUGAUAUCGACCACUUCACCCGUGUCCGUGUCUACGAGGCUAUCAUUCGCCGCUACCCCACCGGCAUGGCUGCUCUCUCCCUCCUGCCCUUGGCCAUGCGUAUGGCUGGUCCUCGUGAGGCCCUCUGGCAUGCCAUCAUCCGUAAGAACCACGGAUGCUCUCACUUCAUCAUUGGACGCGACCAUGCUGGUCCCGGAAAGAACUCUGCAGGCAAGGACUUUUACGGACCCUAUGAUGCCCAGUACCUCGUCGAGAAGUACAAGGAUGAACUCCAUAUUGAAGUCGUUCCCUUCCAGCAGGUCACCUACCUGCCCGACUCUGACGAGUACGUCCCCUCGGACGAGGUUCCUGCUGGCGCAAAGACAUUGGAUAUCUCUGGAACUGAACUUCGCCGUCGCCUUCGCACUGGUGCUCACAUCCCUGAGUGGUUCUCUUACCCCGAGGUCGUUGCUCUGCUGCGCCAGUCUCACCCUCCUCGCUCCAAGCAGGGCUUCGCUGUCUUCUUGACCGGCUACCACGCCUCCAAGAAGGAACACAUUGCCCGCGCUCUCCAGGUCUCGCUGAACCAGCAGGGUGGUCGCUCGAUCUCCUUGUUGCUCGGUGAGACCAUUCGUGGUAAGCUGUCGUCUGAGCUCGGCUUCAGCAAGCGUGAACGUGAUAUCAACAUCAACCGCCUCGGAUUUGUCGCUGCCGAGUUGACCAAGGCCGGUGCCGGUGUCAUUGUUGCCCCCAUUGCUCCCUACGAGGAGGCCCGUCAGCAGGCACGCCAGGAGGUCGAGAAGUCUGGCGGUUUCUUCCUUGUCCACGUCGCCACCCCCUUGGAACAGUGCAUUGCCUGGGACCGUGAUGGUGUUUAUGAGCGCGCCCAGAAGGGAGAGAUCACUGGAUUCACCGGUAUUGAUGACCCCUAUGAGGUCCCCAAGAAUGCCGAGUUGAUCGUCGAUCCCUCCACCGAGAGUGUUGCCCAGAUUGUCCGCCGCAUCAUCUUGUUAUUGGACCAGCAGGGCUACUUUGGUGAUGUUUAA